UCCUCGUCCAUGAUCACCCAUAACAAUUCACAGAGGGACUGGAUGUGCACGACAAAGAGCAGCAAAUACGGACCGACAUUUUUCCACGCUCCGCGUGUCUGUAGCGGGGUUGCCAAACUGUGCAGUGCGGCUGCCUACGAGCGUCUGAACUUUUGGUCUCUACUCUCUACCCAGCGUCCCAGCCUUUUUAGGCAAUAACUCUCCAAGUUCGACCCUUUCUCUUCAUCCCAAGUCUCUCAAAUAGUGCUGGUCUUGCUGGAGCAGAAGACGUCGGCAUCGAAAAAGUGUCAAUCGAGAAAUCAUUGAACAUUGUGCUUCUUGAGAAAACUAUCCUUAGCACUCAGUCCCCAAUAUGUCUGGAGAGGAGGAAGAAAAUGCUGCGGAGCUGAAAAUUGGAGAUGAAUUUUUAAAGGCCAAGUGUUUAAUGAAUUGUGAAGUAGCUCUAAUUCUUGAUCGGAAAUAUGAGCAGCUUCAGCAGAUGUCUGAUGAUCCUAUGAAUCAAGUUUCCCAAGUAUUCGAAAAAUCACUGCAGUAUGUGAAGCGCUUUAGCCGCUACAAAAAUCCUGAUGCAGUUAGGCAGGUCCGAGAAAUCCUUAGUAGAUACCAAUUGGCUGAAUUUGAGCUUUGUGUACUUGGCAAUCUUUGUCCUGAAACUGUGGAGGAAGCCAUAGCUAUGGUUCCAUCUAUUAAGACCAGAGGACGUAUGCACGAUGAUGAUCAAAUUGAGAAAAUGCUGACUGACCUCUCAUUGAUCAAGAAAUUUGAGUAAUAGCCUCACAGUGUUUCUCCCUUGCAGUAUCCCUUUUAUAGAUGCUAAGACAAAUCCCAUCAUUUGCAGUGUGAUGGCUAUAAAGACCUCAAGGAGUAAAAGAACUUAGCUAUUCUUGUGCAAUUAUUUGUGGCUUAUAAUAGGGACCGGAUUUAUGUAAUUAUCUAUACACUUCUUUGUAUGUUUGUUAUAUCCAUGUUUGUACAUGUGGAGGAUCUGGAUUGGCUAUUUACGAACCCCAGGCUAGGAAAAGUAAAAACAGUACAGUCAAUUCUCGCCA